AUGGGGCAGUGCCGUGCUAGCUAUAAAGUGCCGGGCGCUGGCACAAAUUGGCUUGCGGUCAUAGAUUCUGCAGUUGUAUUUCUUAUGAUUAGUGCCACCAUGGGUGCUGUCACGAUCGCAAUGCUCUUGGCCCUCCUCUUCUUUUCAACAGCGACUCUCAGGCGAAAGCCGCUAUUUAUACUCAACGUCGUUGCCCUCCUCCUUGGCAUCACUGUCGCUAUCGUCAAUAUUUGCGCAGAGAUUCGUAUUCUGAAACAUCCUAUCAUUUCCGGGAGCCCACAGAUCAUGAUGGCAAUGAGCGUUCUGAUUGGGAUUGGACCUACUCUUGUGGACUCCAUCCUGCUCUUGAGGAUCUACAGCGUCUUUCCGCCGCGCACAACACCACACAUUCAUUUAUUUUUCGUCAUGGUCAUUCCGAUCCUCAUCAGUGUCGCCAGAUUCAUCAAUUCCAUAAUAUACAUUAACAGCUAUGCCCAUAGUGUUCACACCACUACAGAGCUCGGGUCUGCAUCUAUCUUGAUUAGAUCACAUCUGCCCUGCGUCAAGAUCGAGUGGUUUCUUCAGGUCUUCGACAACUUGUUAGUAGGUCAGAAGUUCAUGACAUGUAAUACCCGCUAA